CCUCAAAAAGUUUUGGGAAGUUUGCUUUAUACUGAAGAAAAGGAACAAAUUGAUUUAGAAAGAUUUAUACAAAUGUUAACAAAUAUAAAAAUGGCAGCUAAAGGAACUGAACCAUUUCCAGGAACACUACUUUCACUUAUGAGAAAACAAGUUAGAUUGCCUGAAAAAAUUUUGCAACAACUAGCAGAAUA